AUGUAGAAAAUGAAUGAUAGAAAGCAACCUGAAGUAGCUAGAAGUUCAAGAAAACGUUUCUCAAUUUCAAGAGAAAUAGCAAAUAGAAAAAUGAGUAACUCUAAUUUAUUCUCUUCAGAAGAGAGUAAAAUUAGAAUGUUGGGAAGCAGACAUUCAGUUUCAUCUAUAAAGAGCAAAUAAAAUAAAGUGAACAUAUCAAUGAACAAAGAUUUAUCUCCAGGAUCAUCAUCAUUCUCUAGUGAUUCAGAAUCAAAUAAGGAACCAAUAGAUUAAUCAAUAAUUUUAAAGGAUAAUAUUGGAAUAGUAUAAUAAGCUUAAUCAUCCUUUUAUUAAGUGUAGGAUAAAUUAAUUUUACCAAACAUGUCAUUUGAUUAAGACUUUAUAAAUCCAUUGGAUAUAUCGGAUGGAAUUGAAAGGUCGAUUUUGAAAAUUUAGUUUAUUGAUUUUGAACAUAGAUGGGGAAUGAAAUAAGAUAUAAAUAUUUUAAAAUAAUGUGGAGGAGAUUAAAUGCUACUUUCUUAAGCAAGUGAAGGAAUGUCUUCACAUAGAUCAUUAAAAAUGUCUCAUAGAAGUAAAAAAGGGGCGUUUUAAUCAAAAUUAUAAUAAACUCAUACUAAAGGCAAAUAAUAGAUAAGUGAUAGUGAUGAUGAUGAUUAUACUGAUAAUUAAUAGGAUGUUGAUAAAAUUAAAAAAAAAUAUGAAAAACUAUAUGAAAGAAAUCCAUUUGAAGAUCCUUACUAUGUUAAAUUAAAAGACCUUCAUGGUUUUGAAAGAUUACAAUAUGAAAUUAAUGUAAAUUUUUUAAAUCAUAUAAAUAGGCAUAUAAUGAUGAUAAAUAAUUUUUGAAAUUAAGAAAAUAAAUAGUUUAUUAUUCUUUGUUUAUUCCAAUUUUAUGCAAAAGAAUAAUUAGAAGUGUUCUAUUUAAAAUAAUCAUGUCAUUUCUAAUUAUUUUUAAUGUUACAUUAUACAUAUAUUCAUAAACCUAUUAGGAUCCUAUGUCCACUAAAAAUAUGGAGAGGGGAAUAAUGAUUUGUUUUUUAAUUGAAUUAGGAAUAAGAAUAAUAGCAUCAGGAGUUAUAAUUCCAAAAGGAGCAUUUUUUAAGAAUUUCUAAGAUAUAUUUGAUUGUAUAUUGGUGGUAGUUUAUGUAUUAAAUAUAACAUAUCCUGAUAUAUUUAUAGUGGAUAUAUCUCCAUUAAGAGUUAUAACAUUGUUACUUUAUUUAGGAGAUAUAUUUUCUGGUUUGGGAGUGAUGUUAAAGGCUUUGAAAUAGUCAUUUAGAUUUUUAUUAGAGGCAUUAAUGAUAGUAGGAUUAUUUUCAGUAUUUUUUGCAAUUACUGGAGUAUUUAUGUUUUAAGGUUUAUUUAAUUAUAGAUGUUAAUAUGAUAAUGGGGAUGAAACAGAUGGUUGGAUAUAAUGUAAUUAAAAUUAAUGUUUUGAAGAAGGAAUGUCUUGUUAAUUUUCAUCUUUCACUCCUAAACUUCCAACUUCUUUUAACAAUGUAAUUUAUUCUUAUGGUCAAGUAUUGAGAACUAUAACUAUGGAUGAUUGGAGUUGGGUAAUGUUUUUUACUAUGAGAAUAUAUCAUCCUUGGACUUGGCUUUAUUAUUUAUUAAUUAUUUUUGUUUGUGGUUUUUUUGGGUUUAAUUUAGUUAUAGCUGUUAUUAAAAUUCAUUAUGCUGAAGCUACAGAAGAAAAUGCAAAAGAUGAAGAAAUGAAGUUAAUUUAAUAGAAGAUUAAAGAAAAUAGAGAAUUACCUGAAAGAGAUAUUAUCAAUGUUUUUGAUGUUGCUUUUUUAAGAUAUAUUGAUUUUUUUUCAGUUAUUCAAAGAUAUAGAUAAGCAUUAAAGUCUUCAUAUAGAUCUAUUAAAUUAGAAGAUAAUCAAAAUGAUAAAGGAAUUUCAAAUAAAACUAGAAUAUUAUCAGCUAAACAAAAAAAGAAUGAAGAGUAUAAUUCACAUGUAAUUAUAUUAUUCAUCUUAUUUUAUAGGCUGCUGGCUUUUUUAAAAGAAUUAUUUAUAAGAUCUAAAAUUUUACUGUGAAAAAUGUUCUUUUACCUAAAUUCUUAAUACUUAGUGAGAAAUAAAAAAAUGUUCAUAUUAAAAAAUAUACUGAAGAUGAAAUUGAAUUAUAGAUUUUAGAAAGAUUGAAAUCUUUUUAAUUUUCAUAAUUAUAAUCUUGUGUCAAUUAAUAAAUACAAUAAAAUUUUGAAAGUGAAGGAGAUGUUUUACCAACUCUAAAGUAAUUAUAAUAUUUAAAUAAAUAGUUUACCUGAUUGUGAAAAAAAAGAAUUAGAAAAAGAAAUUAUUAAUAUGAGAAGUGUAAAAAUUCCAGUUGUUUAUCCAGAUAUCAAAUAAAAAAAGAUUUUAUAAAUCGUACAUGACCAUAAAAAACUUAAUCCUUUUCCUGUUCGUAAAGUUAAAAGAAUUAUUUUGAAUUAAACUGAAGAUGAAUAAAAUGAAACUAAUAAUUCUGUUGAUCAAAAUCUCUUCUAUUAAAAAUAGAGUAUUGCAUAAUCACACAAACUUAAAACUUCAUAAGGAGACAAUAAAGUUCCAUUUGCUAUAAAAAAAUAAGAUUAAAAUUAUAUUUAUAUUUAAGGAUAUUACUUAAAUUAUGAAGGGGUUUCUACUAAAAUUAAUGCUAAAAUUUAAAAAAAUAAAAAUUAACAAUCAUCAAAUGAAUUCUAAUAUAGAUUGUUAAGAAGAAAAGAUUUAUAAUAGAAUUAAAUUUCUAAAAAAACUUGGUCAGGAAAUGAUGUUUUAAAAUUAAAUGAAUUAAGAUUGUUAAACUUUAAAGAUAUGUUAAAAAGAUUAAAUUUUAUUGAUAUCUAAAUAUGGAUGCUUGGAUUUUAGGGUAAAAUUGAAACAUUACGUAAAUAUUCAUAUCUUUUAAUUACAUCUUAAAUAAGUUAAUUAUUUUUUGAUAGCGUAAUUUUAAUAAAUUUUACAUUUUUAUCAUUGUAAGGAAUAGCAAAUUCAGUUACAAUUUCAAAUGAAGAGGAUGUUUCAACAAUAUUUUUAUGUAUAGAAUUAGUAUUAAGAUUUUUUGCAUUUUCAUUUAAAGACAUAUCCUAAAGUCCUGAUUAUGUUCUUUAAUCUUGUAUUGUGGUUUUGAAUUUCAUAGAGUUAACAAUGAGUUCAGUGAUGACAAAUUUAAAUGAAUAAAAUUUAAGAUUGAUAAGAGGAACUAAAUGUUUGUUAUUUUAUCGAGUAUUAAAAUAUAAUAAGAUGGCAGUAGCAAUAGGACAUAUAGCUUAGAGAACAUUUAGAUAAUAUAUAUAUUUAACAUUUUUAUUUUUUUUGGUGAUAUUUGUGUAUGCAAUGAUUGGUAUGGAAAUGUAUGCUGGUUAUUUUGAUUAAACGGAGGCUUUAGGAUAAUUACAUUCAUAUGAUAAUAUUUUUAAGGCUUUUAUGACAAUAUUUAAUAUUCUGACAAAUGAUGAUUGGUAUGGAGUAUAUGUUUUGGGAGGAAAUAUCAAUUACAUAUUUGCUGUAAUAUAUUCAUAUUCGAUGGUUAUUUUUUUGAAUUAUAUAACAUAUGGUUUGGUAUUGGCUAUAUUAUUGGAUGGAUUUGGAGCAAUAAAUAAGGAAAUGUAAGAGUUAGAAGGAGAAAAAGAUUAAGAGGAAGAUAAGAACAAUGAGAAAUAAGAAGAGUAAAAUUCAUAAAUAACUGAAUAAUAAGAAAUGCAUGAAUUUCAAUUGAAUUUAAAACCUUUGAUGUCUUAAAUAAAUUUUAAUGAACAUUAAUAGAAGAAAUCUAAAUAGCAUUUAAUAUCAAAUCUUAUGAAAUCAAUCAGUAAUUAUCUAUAUAUCAUAAAAUAGGACAAGUACAUAGAGAUAUAUUAAGUAAAUAUCCUAAUUUAUACGAUGGAAUCUAAUGUUAAUAAUCUUUAUAUUUAUUUAAUAAAGAUAACAUUUUGAGAAUAAUUUGUUGUAGAAUAGUAACAUCAAAAAUUUUCAAUUACUUUAUGGAUAUAGUGUUAUAUUUUUCAAUAGUAGUAUUUGCAUUGAAAACUUAUAAUGAUUAUGAGAUUGAUUCAUCUUUUUAUCCAGAAGUGUUGCAAUUGAUAGCAAAUAUUUUCUUUUUGUUUGAAAUAAUAAUUGGCAGUAUUGCGAAAGGGAUGUGGAUGAAUAAAGGAGCACAUAUUACAUACACAUGGCAAAUAGUAGAUGUAAUAUAUAUAGUGGCAUUCUUUAUACAUUUUUUAUAGGAUCAAGAGUAAAGAGCAGUAGUUAAUUUCUUUUUAUAUUUUGGAUAUCUAAGAGUUAUGAAAUUAAUGUAUAGAAUAUCUUGGUUAGACACAUUGAGAUUGGCAUUAGGUAGAUCUUUAGCAGAUAUAUGGAAUGUUUUGAUCACAAUGCUUUCAGUUUGGAUUAUAUUUGGAGUUUAUGGAAUAAUACUAUAUGAAUAAUAAUUUGGAUUCUGUGAGGAUAAAAUGGAAUUUAAUAUAAAUAAGAAAGAAUGUUUAGAUAUGAAUAGAACUUGGAUUAAUUAUAAACAUAAUUUCGAUAAUAUUACAAUAGCUAUUCCAACAUUAUUUGUAGUAUCAACUUUUGAUGGAUGGGGAGAAAUAAUGUAAAUAUCAGAAAACAGUUAAAAUCCUAACAUUGGACCUGAAGCUUUCAAUAGUUAUAUUCAUACAUAUUUCUUUUUUAUUUCAUUUUGCUUUAUAGGGUCAAUGUUCUUUUUGAGUUUAUUCACAGGAGUUCUAUACUCAAACUUAAAAGCUAAUUAAAGUAAAAUAGAAAUGUCUGAUAUCACAAAAGCAUAAGUUGAAUUUAUGGAAAUCUCACAAAUAAUUAUCAAAGAUUUUCCUUUAUAUUCUUCACCUCCAACAUCAACAAUCAGAAGAUUCGCAUCUGAUUUAACUAAUAACAAAACAGUUCAAAAAAUAAUGUUUUGUUUAUUACUUUUUGAUUUAUUGGUGCUAUUGCUAUUCUUUUCUGAUAUGAAUGAUGAUUUCUUUAGAGUUUUAAAUAAUACUCAUAAUAGUUUAACUUAUAUUUAUAUACUUUGGAAUAUAUUUCUAUUUUUAUCUUUAGGCGUUAAUAGAUUUUUUGAUAAUCAUUGGAGAAGAUUUUAUUUUUUUUUGAUUACCAUAGCUAUUAUUGAUAUAAUCGCUGAUUAUGAAUCAGAUUGGGCUUUAGCAUAUUUUAGAUCUUCUCCAGCUGAUGCAGGAUAUCAAUUUCUAAGAUUAUUCUUUGCUCUAAGAUGUUUAAGAAUAAUUUUGAUUUUUUAAGGUUUGAUUAAUCUAUAGAGAUUAAUGAGAGUCAUGGUCUUUGCUAUGCCUUUUUUAGGUAAAAUCUUUGCUUUGUUAAUAAUAACAAUGUAUAUUUUUGCACUUUUCGGAUGUCAUAUGUAUGGAUAAUUAGAAAAAGGAUAAGUAAUGGAUGAUCAAAUCAACUUUUAAAAUGUUGCCUAAGCUAUGCUAUCCCUUUUUAAAUGUGCAUCAGGUGAUGAUUGGAGAACUAUAAUGACUGAUACUAUGUUCUAUAAUCCUUAUUGUAUUGAAGAUGAAAUUUAUUGUGGAAGCAUUUAUAACUAAAUUUAUUUCUUUCUCUUUAUGUUACUCUCAAAUUAUGUUCUAUUAAAUUUAUUUGUUUUGGGAUUAGUUGAAUAAUUUGAGUAAUUCUUUAUGCUCUAAAAUUCUAUGAUUUAAACUUAUGUAGAAAAUGUUGAUUAAAUCAAAACUAUUUGGUGUAAAUAUUCCUCUGAAACAUAAGGACAAGCUAUGCAUUAUAAAUUUUUGUGUCGUUUUUUAAUGGAUAUUGGUAAACCUUUAGGAGGAGGAAGAGAUGAAAAUCUCUGGGAUGUUGGUAAAUUAGCAUCAUCAUUCAAAUUAUAAUGGUAAUAUUUAUUAAAUAUCUGAUAGUGAUCAUUUUGGAUAUAUCUAAUAUAAUUAACUAAUGUAUGAAUUAUUUAGAGUUUGCUAUCAUGUAGAAGUAUUUAAAAAUGGCUCAACUUCAUCUAUCAAGAAAAUUAAAUAAUUUAAUAAAGAAAUGCAACUCAGAUUGAUGUAUUAUAGAAGGAAUAGAUUUCUAUAGAGAAGCAAUAUUAGUCCCAUCCUACACUUAAAAGCUAAUUUUAAUAUUUUACAUGAUUAUUUGACUGUUUUAAUCUUGUAUAAAGCAUGGGAAGCAUUCUCUAAAAAAUUAAUUAAAAAAUUAGCUAUUAAAUAGAAUCAAUUUACUGAAGGAGAUUUAGAUGAAUAAGAUUCUUCUUUCGAUUAAAAAACUAUAAAUAAUUAAUAGUAAUUCUUUCAAUUUAUUAUCUUUUUAGUUUUGAUCAAGACUGUAAUGAAUUUCUAUAAGAAGAUAUUGCAUAACAAGUUUUAUCAAAUGAAUAGGCUAAACCAGAAAAUAUCCAUUAAAAUACAAAAUGUUCAGAUGAUGGUAAUAGUAAAAAAGAGGACAUACCAGUUUACAGAUGGCAAAAAGACUAACAAUCAGGAACAUUUUUUGAAACAGGUUUUGUGUCUCCAGAAAAACCUUUUAAAAAAAAUAUGAAAUUUUGA